UCAAAACCAGCACAAAGGCGUAUGUUAGCAUCACCCCCUUUUUUUCCUGCUUUCUCAUUUCCAUCACGACCAAUUCACAGCUUGUUCAAUCUCUCUCUCUCUCUCUCUCUCUCUCUCUCUCUCUCUUGAAUCCAAUUCCGAUUCUUCAUCCCCAAUUCGUAUACACAAACAAGGAGAAGUGUUUUCUCUGUAGGGAUCUGAUCUCAUCUCCUAGGGUUUUUCACUGGGUCUGAAACAAGACUACCUUUGAUAUCAUUAAUUAUGGCGACUAUGGAGAGCUUGAUAGGUUUGGUAAAUCGUAUACAAAGAGCUUGUACUGCUCUUGGUGACUACGGGGGUGGAGACUCCGAAUUUUCUUCCCUCUGGGAUGCUCUUCCCUCCGUUGCAGUCGUCGGUGGUCAAAGUUCUGGGAAGUCUUCGGUGUUAGAGAGCAUUGUUGGGAGAGAUUUCCUUCCUAGAGGAUCUGGGAUUGUCACAAGACGGCCCUUGGUGUUGCAGUUACACAAGACAGAGGGCAGGCAAGAAGAGUAUGCUGAGUUUGGACAUUUGCCCCGGAGGAGAUUCACUGAUUUUGCUUUGGUUCGUAAGGAAAUUCAGGAUGAAACAGACAGAAUCACGGGGAAGACCAAACAAAUAUCUCCAAUUCCAAUCCAUCUCAGUAUCUACUCGCCAAAGGUUGUCAACUUAACUUUAAUUGAUUUACCCGGAUUGACAAAAGUUGCUGUUGAGGGACAAUCUGAAACUAUAGUUGAAGACAUUGAAACUAUGGUGCGGACUUAUGUUGAGAAGCCCAACUCCAUCAUUCUAGCAAUAUCUCCUGCCAACCAAGAUAUUGCCACGUCUGAUGCAAUUAAACUUGCUAAAGAGGUGGAUCCAUCGGGUGAACGGACAUUUGGGGUGUUGACAAAGCUUGAUCUGAUGGACAAAGGAACUAAUGCUUUGGAUGUCCUUGAAGGCAGAGCUUAUCGUCUGCAACAUCCUUGGGUGGGCAUUGUAAAUAGAUCCCAAGCUGAUAUUAACAAAAAUACUGAUAUGAUGUAUGCAAGGCGAAGGGAGCAGGAGUAUUUUGCUACAAGUCCUGACUAUGGUCAUUUGGCCAGUAAAAUGGGUUCAGAGUAUUUGGCAAAACUUCUAUCACAGCAUUUGGAAUCUGUAAUCAAAGCAAAAAUACCAGGCAUCACUUCCUUGAUAAACAAAGGUGUUGACGAUAUGGAGGCAGAGUUGGAUCGUCUUGGGAGGCCAAUUGCAGUUGAUGCAGGGGCUCAAUUGUACACUAUCUUGGAACUUUGCCGUGCUUUUGACAAAAUAUUUAAGGAGCAUCUAGAUGGAGGGCGUCCUGGGGGUGACCGAAUAUAUGGGGUGUUCGACAACCAGCUUCCUGCGGCUUUGAGGAAACUUCCGUUCGAUAGGCAUCUUUCUCUACAGAAUGUGAGAAAAAUUGUCUCAGAGGCUGAUGGUUACCAGCCACAUUUGAUUGCUCCUGAACAAGGUUAUCGACGUCUUAUUGAGGGCUCAUUGAAUUAUUUUAGGGGACCUGCUGAAGCUUCUGUGGAUGCAGUUCAUUUUGUCCUAAAAGAACUCGUCAGGAAGUCGAUUGGAGAAACCGAGGAGUUGAGGCGUUUUCCGACUCUGCAAUCUGCUCUUGCCGCUGCUGCUGGUGAAGCAUUGGAGAAAUUUCGCGAUGAAAGUAAAAAGACAGUUGUACGGUUGGUGGACAUGGAGUCUUCAUACUUGACUGUGGAUUUCUUCCGGAAACUUCCCCAGGAAGUCGAGAAAGUAGGUCCCACUCCAUCACCGGCAGAUCGCAGAGCGUCAUCUGCUGAUCGCAAAAACCCACCUUCAGAUCGCGGGAUUCCUGCUGCGGACCGUGGAAGCGCAGUUGACCCUUUAGGGGAUCGUUAUGCAGAAGCGCAUUUUAGGAGGAUAGGAUCAAACGUAUCAUCUUAUAUUGGUAUGGUCUCCGACACACUCAAGAGCACGAUUCCAAAGGCCGUCGUUUAUUGCCAAGUUAAAGAAGCCAAGCAAAAUCUACUCAACUACUUCUACACACAAAUAGGAAAAAAAGAGGCUAAACAACUUGCAGAGUUAUUAGACGAAGAUCCGUCUUUGAUGUCAAAAAGACUAGAAAUAGCGAAAAGACUGGAAUUAUACAAGGGAGCGAGGGACGAGAUCGACUCUGUGUCGUGGGUGCGGUGAUGUUGAUGGAGAUGAAUUCUGUCAUAUUUUUGUUUCACACUUUGGCCUUCCUUCUUUUGGAUUAUAGUAGCAGUUGACAUACUAUGUGUAUGUGAUUCAUUUUUCAUGUGUUGUACAACAGAAAUUUAUGAUAAUCUUAAACUGUGUGUUUAU